CAUCAUCCCUCCACUGUUUCCUUAUCUCAACUUUCAGUCGUUCGACAUGGCCCGUACCAAGCAGACCGCUCGUAAAUCCACCGGUGGCAAGGCGCCCCGCAAACAGUUGGCCACCAAAGCUGCUCGCAAAAGUGCCCCGGCCACUGGAGGAGUCAAGAAACCCCAUCGUUAUCGUCCCGGCACCGUCGCCCUUCGUGAGAUCCGUCGCUACCAAAAGUCGACCGAGCUUUUGAUCCGCAAGUUGCCAUUCCAGCGCUUGGUCAGAGAAAUCGCCCAGGAUUUCAAGACCGACUUGCGUUUCCAGAGCUCGGCAGUCAUGGCCCUUCAGGAGGCCAGCGAGGCCUACUUGGUGGGUCUUUUCGAAGACACCAACUUGUGCGCCAUCCACGCCAAGCGAGUCACCAUCAUGCCAAAAGACAUCCAGCUCGCUCGCCGUAUUCGUGGUGAACGUGCUUAAGCGACCUAUUCCAUUUUGACUAACCAAUCGGCCCUUUUCAGGGCCACCAUUUACUAAAGAAAAAGAUUACCAACCA